AUGCCUUCUGCAACUAUACCACCACCUACUCUCAGUACCAAUUUGGCAGUUAAGAAAACAAGUUACGCUCGCACGCAAGAUCCAGAUAUGUUGAAUUGCAAGAGAAAGAUUAUCUGCUUUUCGGAUUUCGAUGGCACAAUCUUCAUGCAAGAUACCGGGCACGUCCUUUUCGAUUCAUACGGAUGCGGAGAAGAACGUCGUCAGGUUCUCGAUGAACAAAUCAAAACCGGUGAACGUUCUUUCCGCGAUGUUUCAGAAGAGAUGUGGGGAUCCCUCCGCGUUCCCUUCGAAGAUGGUUUUGCCGUCAUGGAAAAAACUCUCGAGAUUGAUCCGGAUUUCCAAAAAUUCCAUCGCUUCUGUAUUGAUAACAAUAUUCCCUUCAAUGUUAUCAGUGCGGGGUUGAAACCGGUGUUGAGAAAAGUCUUGGAUAAGUUUUUGGGAGAGGAGGAAAGUAAGAGAAUCCAAAUCGUGGCAAAUGAGGCAGAGAUUAGCGAGGAUGGAAAUCUGUGGAAGCCGGUGUGGAGACAUGACACUGAGUUGGGUCAUGACAAAGCAUUAUCCAUUACUGAAGCGAGAGAACUUGCUCAGUUGGAAUGUGAAGAUGGAACUAUCCCUUUGAUUGUCUUCAUUGGUGAUGGAGUUUCGGAUUUACCUGCGGCGAGACAAGCAGAUGUGCUAUUUGCAAGAAGGGGUUUGAGAUUGGAGGAGUAUUGUGUGGAACAUAAGAUUCCUUACAUUCCAUUUGAUACGUUUGCCGAUAUUCAAAAGGAGGUGGAGAAGAUUGCUGAGGAGGAUCAAUUGAAGACCGGUGGUGCAGGCAAGCCGGCUAGAUUCAACCCAAGAGCCAACUUGUGGAGAAGAGUCUCGAGUCAGAAUGCUGUUCCUUCGUACAUUGCAGCUACUCCAACCAAAGAAGAAAAAAUGUUCUUAUGGCCAGAAUCGUUCUCCGAGUUGAAAGAAAAUAUACCAGCUUCGAUCACGGAGGAGGUGGGCGCUUAA